AUGCGGCGGUGCCUCGACGGCGGAGACAUGAUUCCACCUCCAGCCUUAUCUUCAGAAAGAACAUCGGGUGGCCUUCUUCUUGAUGAACAAAAUAACUGUGUGAGCAACAUCUUGUCUCAAGCGUCUACUGCAGCGAAGAUCGCAAAAAACACAGCGGACUCGGAGGCGCAGGCCAGAAAAAGCGUGAACAAUUCAAAGGAGGUAUGUACCUCAUCAAAAACGAGAUAUCUCCGGUACGUCCCGGUGUCUGCGGGUGGUUCUACGUGCCCAAAAUUCCCUUUGCUCAUAUACAAGGACACGACGCGCGCAGUCAGACUUGCUUGA